AUGAUUAUGGACAAUUUGUCGGCGGUUGCAUUGUUGCAACCGUCGACAUCAUGGGCAUACAAUGCUAAUAAAUUGGUCCAGAUAGAUGGUCUUGAAUACAAUCGGGCUACAACAAUGGAUGAGUGUAUAAAAGCGCUUGAACGAAGCUCACUACCAAUAUUUCCAGGAAGUAGUGAUGGUUCGUUAUGGUGUAAUGCAACAUUCGAUACAGUACUCUGUUGGCCAGCAGUACCAGCUAAUAGCAGUAUUACUGUUCGCUGUCCACCACUUAAGGGACUUGAUCCUACAAAGAAUAUUACCAAAUGGUGUCAUAGUUCGGGUCAUUGGAUGGGUCGAUCAGAAGAUGACUUCUCACGUCCUUAUGGUUGGACAAAUUUCACGAUGUGUUUUACUGAAGAAGUUGUUGAAAUGAUGACUAAACUCACCAACGGAUCUCUCGUUACAGCUCAAGAAGUAGCAAGAAAUGCUCGUAAAUUAGAAUUUGUUGGUCUUGGCUUAUCGCUCAUUUCUUUGCUCAUAUCAAUCGCUAUUUUUUCUUACUUCAGGAGGCUGCGGGUAUUUAGGAAUUUAUUGCAUUUACAAUUGAUGAUCGCCAUAUUGAUGGUUGUUAUAAUUCGCCUUACCCUUUACAUCGAUCUUAUUUUCACUGAUCGUCUUGGACCUCAUCAUCUGAAUAAUAAUGAUGGAAAAACUAUAAAUACUACGGUAUUUUUAUGCGAAGCGAUGUUUUUCAUGCUUGAAUAUUUCAAAACUGUUGCAUUUUGUUGGAUGUUCCUUGAAGGAUUUUAUUUGCAUAAUAAACUCGUCUUCACAGUAUUUGCAGCUGAACUACGUCUUACACGUUAUCUUAUAGCUGGAUAUGGAUUGCCACUGAUACAAACGUUUCUAUGGUUAGCAGUAAUACUGAUAAAAAAGCAAGGAAAAGUGGAUCGAUGUCUCGGAUCAUAUUAUCUUGAGCCAGAAUUCUGGCUCUUGGAUGGGCCAAGAAUGUUUGAAUUAGUUGUAAAUUUAUUUUUCAUAUGCAAUGUAAUUCGAGUCUUAUGGACAAAAGUACAGCAAUCAGACAAUACGAGUGAAUUUGGUAGGAUGAGGAAAGGCGUGAAAGCAGCACUGAUGCUAAUCCCACUAUUAGGUAUUCCGAAUAUUAUGCAAACUAUACCAUUCUCGCCGACUAAGGAUAAUAUUGUGUAUUUUGCAAUUUGGACAUAUUGUGCAUCAUUCACUUACAUGUAUCAGGGCUUCAUGAUUUCAAUCAUCUAUUGUUUUACUAACAAAGAGGUCAGAAGUGUAUUGAAGGCCCAUUAUAGUAGGUUUAAACUGCAGCAUACAAGCACUGUAAAUUUACGUCGUGGUAGCAGGGCAUAUGUACUUCGAAAUGGAAAUUCCAUAGGCGCAUCUUUGCAUAAACCCGAAAAAGACAAAUUAUUAAGGAUACAAAAUUGUUCAAUCAAAAAUGGAACUGAGCAUGAUCCAACUACAUCAGUUCCCAUCUCUACAGCUCAGUCUGAAAUGAAUUUGAAUUUGGAUGAAAAUGAUCGUCGUGGUAGUGGUGAAGGAUCGCCAUCUACAAAACAGCCACAAAAAGGAAAAUACAAAAAACAACAAUUAUUAAAGUUGCAAUUCUUUGAGAGUAUGAUAGGUGCAAAUACUGAAGAUGAUAAUUCACAAGCAGCUAAAAUGAAUGAUUAG